UUCCACUCAAAUCGCCCACAAGCUCAAAAUCAACAGAAAUCAAGCUAUCCAAGCCGAAGCCCCAGAAAGAAAAAACCAGAGAAAACGGAAUCCUCGGCAAGAUGCUUUUAGCAACACCGUAGAACAAGAGAUCCAACCCUAAACCCCAACAUGAUCCCUCUCAGCCAAAUCAUCUCUUCCCCUCCUCCCCCCCCCAUCCAAUCCCGCCUCCCUUCCCCUACCCCCCGCCGCCCCAAUCCCUCAUUCUUCCCUCUCCUCUUCAAAAACCAAAGAUCCCGUCUUUGUCAGCUGCCACGCUCCUCCUCCCUCUCUUCUUCCCCCUCAUCCUCCCCUUCCCCAAUCGACGAUACCAUCGAAUGCUGACUCUUUCCUCUCCCUCUUGUCCUCUUCCCCGGCGCCAUCCUCCCCCUCCAGAUCUUCGAGUUCCGCUACCGCAUCCUAAUGCACACUCUCCUUUCUACUGACCUCCGCUUCGGCGUCAUCUUCUCCGACGGAGGUGUCGUCGCUCCCGUCGGCUGCGUCGGUGAAAUCGUCAAGCACGAGCGCCUAGUUGACGACCGCUUCUUCCUCAUAUGCAAAGGCCAGGAACGCUUCCGCGUCCUCGAUCUCAUUCGUACCCGUCCUUACCUCGUCGCCCGCGUUGCCUGGCUCGAGGACCGCCCUCCGCCGCACGGCUCUGCCUCCGCGACCGACGAAGACAACCUCGACAGGCUUGCGUCCGAGGUAGAGAAGCAUAUGCGGGAUGUUAUUCGAAUUUCGAAUCGUCUUAACGGGAAGGAGCCUAAGGAAGAUGCCGAGACGAUGGAUUUGAGGAGGAAUCUGUUUCCUACGCCAUUUUCGUUCUUUGUCGGAAGCACGUUCGAGGGGGCGCCGAGGGAGCAGCAGGCCCUGCUUGAAAUUGAGGAUACUGCGGCGAGACUAAGGAGGGAGAAAGAUACGUUAAGGAACACGCUCAAUUAUCUGACUGCUGCUUCUGCUGUGAAGGAUGUUUUCCCUUCUUCGCCGUCCUCAUCUUAGAACUGUUUCAGGUUGAGCUACUGAAGUGAUUUCAGGUAAUUACUAAUUAACUAUGCUGAUAUUUUCAUUAAAUAUUCAGCUAGAAGUUUGGAAUGCUGAAAAGUUGGAGGCUAUAGAGGAUUUAGGAAAAGAUGAAGAACACCCAAUGAAUGCCUGCAAAUGAUGAAGACUUUUUGGCUCUCAAGCCUUCGAAGGAAAAUCAGCCAUUUGGGAAGUUUGAGAAAGCAUUUAGCUAGAAAUUUUAAGCUUGAGAGUUCUAAAUCUGUGAUUUUUAGUAGAUUCAAACCUUAUUUAUAAAGCAUAUUCAAAGGAGAUGUUUAGAAACCUUUGCAUAUAAGUUUUCAUUUUGGUUGACAAAACUAGCCAUUGUGCAUGACUUUGAUCAUUACAAGGAUCAUUUAAAUAGACCACAUAUAUUCAUAUUAUAAUU